AUGAGUUCAUCAUCAGGAUCAGACCAUGGUCUAUCACCUAAUUGCGUAGAUGGUAGAGUGGAUACAGGUGAUACUACAUGGGUAUUGCUCUCAACUAUCUUAGUACUUGGUAUGAUGCCAGGUUUGGCCUUUUUCGAAGCAGGUCUUCUCAGAAUGAAAAAUACUCUUUCCAUUAUUACUCAGAUCAUUUCAGGUAUCGUUGUACUCACUGUCAUGUGGCAAGCUUUUGGUUAUUCUCUUACUUUUGGUCCAUCUCAGAAAGGAAUUAUUGGUAAUUUAGAUAAUGCAUUUUUAAUUGGUGUAUCAUAUACUGAUUGUAAUAGUCAUGCACCAAACAUUCCAUCGGCUGCCUAUGCCAUGUUUAUGAUGAUGUUUGCCAAUAUUACACCAUUGUUGAUGACUGGUGCCUACGCCGAACGUGUCAAAUACCGUUCCUUUAUCCUCCUCACCGUAUUUUGGGAGAUUAUUGUUUUCUAUCCAGUUGCUCAUUGGAUUUGGGGUGGUGGUUGGUUACAACGUAUGGGUGUCCUCGAUUUUGCUGGUGGUAUCGUUAUUCAUACUUCUGCUGGUGUUGGUGCUCUCGUUGUUGCUUUAUAUUUAGGAAGAAGAAAAGGAUUUGAAAAGUAUGGAGGUGAAUUCCCACCAUCCAACAUUCCAUUGGCUUGUUUAGGAGCUGCUUUAUUGUGGAUGGGUUGGUUUGGUUUCAAUGCCGGUUCGGCUUUGGCUGCUGGUAGUGUUGCUGCCUCGGCCGUUGCCUCUACUCAAAUCGGAGGUUCAUUCUCUGGUAUUGUUUGGAUUAUUUUGUCGUGGCUCAAGGGUAAGCCAUCGACCGUUGCCGUGAUCAAUGGUGUUAUUGCCGGUCUCGCCGGUAUCACUCCAGCCUCUGGUUUCAUCAACAACCAAUACUCGAUUGGCUUGGGUGUCGUUCUCGGUCUCGCCAGUUACUUUUCCGUUUUCCUUCUCAAGCACAAGUUGCACAUUGACGACGCACUCGAUGUCAGCUCUGUUCACGGUCUCACCGGUAUCAUUGGAGCCAUCGCCAUUGGGUUCUGUGCCGAGGUCAAGAUCAAUCCAGCCGGUGCCGACGGUGUCUUUUACGGCAACGCCCAUCUUUUGGGUGUCCAAGUCUUGGCUGUCGUCGUAGUCGGUGCCUGGGCUGCCAUUGCCACACUCGCCAUUUUAAUUCUCAUCGACAAGUUUGUCGGUCUCCGUAUCGACGAAUCCGAAGAAGAACACGGUUUGGAUCUUGUCGAACACGGCGAAUGGUCCUACGACAUCAUUCCACACGACAACUUGUACACUCAAAUUAAUAACGAACAUCGUGAUAAUCACCAUGGUCAUCACGCUCACAAAUUCUAA